CACCUCCCCAUGUUACAACUUCCCCUCUACCUGUCCCUACCUUCCCCACAUUUUAUAAAACCCCAUAUCCCUCCCUUCCCUCUCCUUCAGUCCCUCAUAACAUCCUUUCAUUUUCUCCCUCAUUGUGCCAUUCCAAUUACACCUUCUUAUCCAUUUUACUAUCAGUCCUUUCCUUUGUUAACAUACCCUUUCUCCAAAUCACACUUUUCCUGUUAAGCACACAUAAUAGCAAGGCACCAAAAUGUGCAGUUCCAAGGCCAAAGUGACUCUAGGCAUAGAAGCCACCACUACAACCACAACCACAACAAUACCUCCUGUGGCUAGAAUCAAUGGCAGGCCAGUGCUUCAACCAACUUGCAACCGUGUUCCAAACCUUGAAAGGAGGAAUUCAAUUAAGAAAGUGGCACCAAAGUCACUUUCUCCACCAUCACCACCACUUCCAAAUAAGACCUUAUUGACACCCCCAGUUUCUCCAAAGUCCAAGUCCCCAAGGCUUCCAGCAAUAAAGAGAGGCAAUGACAAUAAUGGGCUGAAUUCAAGUUCUGAAAAGGUUGUGAUCCCAAGAAACUCCACAAAGACUCCAACUUUGGAGAGAAAGAAGUCCAAAAGCUUUAAGGAAGGGUCAUGUGGUGCUGCAAUCCUUUCUGCAUCUAUCGAGGCUUCAUUGAGUUAUUCUUCCUCUUUGAUCACUGACUCUCCAGGGAGCAUAGCUGCUGUGAGGAGGGAACAAAUGGCACUGCAGCAAGCACAAAGGAAAAUGAAGAUUGCCCAUUAUGGAAGAUCAAAGUCCGCAAAGUUUGAAAGAGUUGUUCCUCUUGAUCCUUCAACCACAAGUCUUACAUCAAAGCCAAAUGAAGAGGAGAAGAGAUGCAGCUUUAUCACAGCCAAUUCAGAUCCCAUCUAUAUUGCUUAUCAUGAUGAGGAAUGGGGAGUUCCAGUUCAUGAUGACAAGAUGUUGUUUGAACUUUUAGUUCUAAGUGGUGCUCAAGUUGGAUCUGAUUGGACCUCAACCUUGAAGAAACGCCUAGAUUUCAGGGCUGCAUUUUCAGAAUUUGAUGCAGAAACUGUGGCCAACUUGACUGAUAAACAAAUGAUGUCAAUUAGUUCUGAGUAUAGCAUUGAUAUAAGCAGAGUCCGAGGAGUUGUUGAUAAUGCUAACCAAAUUUUAGAGAUUAAGAAAGACUUUGGUUCAUUUGACAAGUACAUUUGGGGGUUUGUCAAUCAUAAAUCCAUCUCCACUCAAUACAAGUUUGGCCACAAGAUUCCAGUGAAGACAUCAAAAUCAGAGAGCAUAAGCAAAGACAUGGUCAGAAGGGGCUUUAGGUUUGUUGGUCCAACAGUGGUGCAUUCAUUCAUGCAAGCAGCUGGACUCACCAAUGACCACUUAAUCACUUGUCACAGGCACUUGCAAUGCACCUUGUUGGCAUCUCGCCCUCAUUGUACCAUAGAGCCCUCUCUAUAGAUCCAAUUUCAACUCAGAAAUAAGGAACAAGAGAUUGACCCUGAAGAGCUCAAGACAUAAAAGAGUUAUUAUGUAUGCUGAAGAGCAUAUGUAAUGUGGCUAACUAUAGUUUACUUUUAAGUUAAAUGUUGUGUAUAAUAUUAGAUAGGACAAAAAGGUUUCUCUGAUUUGUGAGAUGUUGUGAGAAUUUUUAAUGAUAGUUUGAGUGUGCUUUUCAUUGCAUAAUUAAAGAAAAAAAAAAGAUGAUUAUUAGAGAGAAGAAAAAGGCUUAGGAUGGUGUUAUUAAGUGGUGGGAGGCUUAGGGAACAGUCAGCAUGUGCAUGUGCAAUUAGGAGGCAAGGGCAUGUGUGGUGUCAGUUUGCUUUCUAGACCAUGUGACCCAUCAGACUUUGCAUUAUUUGGUUCCCUUUAACAGCCUGUGUGGGAUACUUGUAGAGGGGUGUGUAGGACCACCUUCCCCCUCCUUUCCUUCUCUUGCUUUGUUUAUG